AUGAAACCUGGUUCUCCUCAAGCAAUGCUACUGUUGAAAGCGAAACUUAUAAUUUUGGAUGAGGUUUCAAUGGUUAGUAGGUACUGCUAUGAAGCGCUUGAUAAAUGCUUGGGCAACAAUAUAGAUGGUGAAUUUGAGAUAUGUCUUCCAGAAGAUAUUGUUAUUCCUUAUUCAGACCAGGUAUUUGAUGAAUUGGUUCAUUUUUCUUAUCCAAAUAUUUUGGAAGACAUGUCUUUAAAGGAUUUUUUCAAUACAAGAACUAUACUGGCUCCCACGCUAGACAUCAUUGAAGAGGGCAACAACCAUUUGAUGGCUAUCAUUCUUAGAGGAGAAAAAUUAUAUCUUAGUUCGGAUUCAAUUUGUAUGGAUGAAAGGAAUAUGGAGAGUCAACUAGAUUUCUAUGGUCCUGAAUUACUGAAUAGAAUAAAUUGCUCUGGUUUUCCUCCACAUAAAUUAAUACUCAAGGUUGGUGUUCUGGUGAUGCUACUAAGCAAUAUUGACCAAUCCAACAGUCUUUGUAAUGGUACAAGGCUACAAGUUAGGAAGCUUGGAAAUCAUGUCAUAGAAUGUAAAGUCUUAACGAGUAACAACGUUGGUCAUAUUACUUUGAUUCCAAGAAUGAAUAUAGUAUCAACAAAAGAAACUGUCCUAUUAGAUUUCAACGAAGAUAGUUCUCCAUAA